AUGAUAGCCGUAAGGUUAGAAAAAGAGCCAACUAGUGGACAUAGCCAGGCCCGAAUAGAUAGUAGAGUUGGUGCAGCUUUGAUAGCUACUUCGGGUCAUGGUGACGAGGAACAUAAUAUUCAAGGUCAAAAUAUUGAACCUACUCCUGAACUCACAACAUACAAUAUCAAAUUAGGAUGGAUACAGGGUGUAUUAAUACCAUGCCUUCUAAACAUCUGGGGUGUGAUGCUUUUCCUGCGCAUUUCAUGGAUCGUGGGUCAAGCUGGUAUCUGCCUAACAGUUCUGAUCAUCUUUCUAUCGGGCGUCGUGUGCGUUAUUACCACGCUAUCCCUCAGUGCUAUUUGCACGAAUGGCCUAUUGAAAGGAGGUGGAGUUUAUUAUAUCGUGUCUAGAUCAUUAGGAGCGGAACUUGGUGCAUCUGUUGGAAUUAUAUUUGCUUUUGCAAACGCAGUAGCGGCAAGCAUGAAUACUAUUGGAUUUUGCGAGUCACUAAACGAUUUAUUGAAAUAUUUUGAUGUGAAAAUAAUUGAUAAUGGAAUGAACGAUGUGCGAAUCGUUGGCACUAUUGCACUUUUUGUAAUGUCCGUUAUUUCCGCUUUUGGUAUGGAUUGGGAAACUAAGGCGCAGAAUUUUCUUGUUGUAAUUAUUGUUGUAGCGAUUUUGAACUACAUAUUGGGAGCAUGUUUGGGACCCACCAACAACAGUGAGAGAGCACAAGGUUUCGUUGGUAUUAGUGUGGAAACAGCAUUGAUUAAUCUCGGUCCAGACUUCCGAUACAGUGACAAUCAGCAACACAAUUUCUUUAGCAUUUUUGCAAUGUACUUCCCUGCUGUAACCGGAGUUCAAGCUGGAGCCAAUAUUUGCGGUGAUUUAAGAAGUCCAGCCACAGCAAUACCCAAAGGAACACUUCUGGCGCUAGGUUUAUCAAUGUUCAGUUAUCUUGUGAUGGCGGUGCUAUGCGGAUCGGGCGCUCUGCGAGACGCCAGUGGAAACAUUACAGACGUCACCUCGGGCACUAUCGACGCCUGCAUACCUAACUGCCAAUAUGGGCUGCAUAAUAACUAUGAGAUAAUGCAGCUAAUGGCGCAAUCGAGCGCUUUUAUUUACGCCGGCUGCUGGGCAGCCACGUUGUCGACGGCGCUGACCAACCUGCUGUCGGUGCCGCGCCUGAUCCAGGCACUGGGCGUAGACCGCAUCUACCCCGGACUCAUCUUCUUCUCUAAGCCCUAUGGCAAGCACGGCGAGCCCUACCGCGGAUACGUACUCACGUUUUUCGUCUCGCUCGUGUUCUUGCUGAUAGCUGAUUUAAAUACUAUAGCUCCAUUAAUCACAAACUUUUACUUGGCGUCGUACGCUCUCAUCAAUUUUUGUACAUUUCAUGCGGGUUUGAUCCAGUCGAUAAGUUGGAGGCCUACAUUUCGAUUCUAUAAUACUUGGUUAUCUCUAUUUGGUUUCUUAAUAUGUAUCUUUAUAAUGAUGAUAAUCAGCUGGGCGAUGGCGCUCGUUACAUUUUUUAUUUUCAUGACUAUGUAUCUACUAGUACUAUACAGAAAGCCAGAUGUAAAUUGGGGCAGCAGCACGGACGCACAACGAUACAAGGACACGGUGUCAGCUCUGAUACAGAUGUCCCACAUGCAUGAAAACAUCAAAUCUUAUAACCCACAAUUGUUGGUAUUAGCUGGAAGACCCAACAAUAGACCAGCCUUGCUCGAUAUGGGUCAUCUCAUCACAAAACUGGGUUCGUUCAUGAUGGUCGCGGAUGUCAACGAGGAACCAAUUUCACAAAUAGAACGAGUGGGUCGACUUCAAGCUGGCGAAGAAUGGCUACUAUCACGGAAAGAUCGUGGCUUCUACGUAGUUUUAGACGGCUUGCCCUUCGAGAUGGGAGUGCAUGCAGUCAUUAAAUCAACUGGAUUAGGCAGCCUAAGGCCGAACAUUAUGCUCAUUGGCUAUAUGAACAGAUGGUCAAGAUGUGCAGUCACUAGUGUUAGAACAUAUGUACGGGUUCUUCAGUUAGCGUUCGAAGAACAACUCGGAGUAUCCAUCUUACGCGUGCCGGAGACGGCGCGGCCGGUGAAGGCGCAAGUCACACGCAGUGCCCACGAGCUUCGCGCGCAUCACCACGUGCAGGACUUGCUGUUCGCCGACUCCGACGCAGACUUGCCGUAUUACGAGCGGUCUAACGACGAAGCUCAAAGUAGUCACCCAGAACUGGGAAUAGUUGUCAAAGAAAACGUCGCUUCUUUUCAUGACAGCGAUCCUAACAAACACACCCCAGUAUCAAGUCUUUCGAUGAGAAAAUCUGGAGUAUACAAACCUUUAACUUUUAGCUCUGACAACGAUUUGGACGCCUGGUGGCUGUAUGACGACGGAGGCCUAAACAUCUUGCUACCGUACAUCAUUGCUCGUCGUGGCUUCACAGAGAAAAUGCCGCUAAGGUUAUUCGCACUUACACGUGACUGUAACGAUAUUCAAGUUUCUGAAAAACAGAUAAAGAUUUUACUGCAAAAAUUUCGUAUCGAAUAUUCAUCACUAAUCAUGAUUCAAGGCAUCAACGAACCUCCUCUACAAGCUAGCGUGGAAUACUUUAAUCAGCUGAUUAAAAAAUUUAGAACUGAUUUCGGAAGUGACAUUCUAAUAUCGGAUGCAGAGCUGGAGCGCUUGAGUAACAAGACCAACCGCCACCUGCGACUGCGAGAGUUGCUCAUAGAACACUCAUACAUGGCCUCCUUCAUUGUUCUCACACUUCCCUAUCCGAGACUGGGCUCGGUAUCCGCUACUUUAUACAUGUCGUGGCUCGAGGUGUUGAGCAAAGAUUUGCCACCCAUGCUCUUCGUGAGAGGAAACGACGAGAAUGUUCUUAGCGUAUAAUACCUAACAAAAUAAAUCUGAACAUUUUAAAAAAGUAUAUUAAGUUUUGUUUAUGGAGUUU